GAUGAGGCACACGCAUUGCUGCCGCAUGGUGUUUCUUCGUCAGAGGCAGCGUCAUCGUCUUCGUCGAGCGCAGAAGCAGAUCCGGCUGGCGAUAACGAGGUCCUUGCAGAGUUGCUACGCGGGGGUGGCACAUCAGAUGCAGGCCCAGGGGCAAAGGCAGAGGAGUGGCAUGGUGACGACGAUGAGGCGCACGCGGUGCUGCCCCACGGCGUUUCUUCGUCAGAUGCAGCGUCGUCGCUGAACUCAGACCAAGACAAGACCGAGGGGAAAGCCACGGCUCAGUUGUUCCACGGUGCUGCGUCAAACGUUGGCUCGCGUUCAAUUGUAGAAGUACUAGAUCAUUGGCAUGGACAUGAUGACGAGGCUUUUGCACUGCUGCCGCACGGGGCUUCAUCCGACGCGGCUUCGAGCUCUAGCGCAGAGAAGUGGCGAGGUCACGAUGAUGACGGGCAUGCAUUAAUUCCUCAUGGUGUUUCGUCGGAUGAAGGCUCGGCCUCAGCCGCAGAGCACUGGCACGGCCAUGGAGAUGAGGCUCACGCGGUGCUGCCGCACGGGGCGUCGUCCGAUGCGGCUUCGAGCUCUAGCGCAGAGAAGUGGCGUGGCCAUGAUGAGGAUGGUCACGCAUUAAUUCCCCAUGGUGUUUCAUCAGAUGCAGGCUCGGCCUCAAACCCAGAGCAGUGGCACGGCCAUGCAGACGAGGCUCACGCGAUGCUGCCGCACGGGGCUUCGUCCGAUGCGGCUUCGAGCUCUAGCGCAGAGAAGUGGCGUGGCCAUGAUGAGGAUGGUCACGCAUUAAUUCCCCAUGGUGUUUCAUCAGAUGCAGGCUCGGCCUCAAACCCAGAGCAGUGGCACGGCCAUGCAGACGAGGCUCACGCGAUGCUGCCGCACGGGGCUUCGUCCGAUGCGGCUUCGAGCUCUAGCGCAGAGAAGUGGCGUGGCCAUGAUGAGGAUGGUCACGCAUUAAUUCCCCAUGGUGUUUCAUCAGAUGCAGGCUCGGCCUCAAACCCAGAGCAGUGGCACGGCCAUGCAGACGAGGCUCACGCGAUGCUGCCGCACGGGGCUUCGUCCGAUGCGGCUUCGAGCUCUAGCGCAGAGAAGUGGCGUGGCCAUGAUGAGGAUGGUCACGCAUUAAUUCCCCAUGGUGUUUCAUCAGAUGCAGGCUCGGCCUCAAACCCAGAGCAGUGGCACGGCCAUGCAGACGAGGCUCACGCGAUGCUGCCGCACGGGGCUUCGUCCGAUGCGGCUUCGAGCUCUAGCGCAGAGAAGUGGCGUGGCCAUGAUGAGGAUGGUCACGCAUUAAUUCCCCAUGGUGUUUCAUCAGAUGCAGGCUCGGCCUCAAACCCAGAGCAGUGGCACGGCCAUGCAGACGAGGCUCACGCGAUGCUGCCGCACGGGGCUUCCUCCGAUGCGGCUUCGAGCUCUAGCGCAGAGAAGUGGCGUGGCCAUGAUGAGGAUGGUCACGCGUUAAUUCCCCAUGGUGUUUCAUCAGAUGGAGACUCGGCCUCAAACGCAGAACAGUGGCACGGCCAUGGAGACGAGGCUCACGCAUUGCUGCCCCACCGCGUUUCUUCGUCAGACGCAGCGUCGUCGCCGAACUCAGAGCAAGACAAGACUGAGGGGAAAGCCACUGCUCAGUUGUCCCACGGUGCUGCGUCAAACGUAGGCUCGCGCGCAAUUAUAGAAGUACUAGAUCAAUGGCAUGGGCAUGAUGACGAGACUUUUGCACUCCUGCCCCACGGUGUUUCAUCAGACGGUGGCUCGAGCUCUAGCGCUGAGAAGUGGCGAGGCCACAAUGAUGACGGGCAUGCGUUGUUGCCCCACGGUGUCUCGUCAGAUGGCGGCUCGAGCUCCAGUUCUGCGCGAUGGCGCGGACAUCACGAUGAGGCUCACGCCCUGUUGCCGCACGGCGUGUCGUCUUCAGGCCCUUCGAGCGCACGCUCAAUCUCAGGCGACCCGAUGAUGACAGCCCCAGGCAAAGCGGCAUCUUCUUCUUCAUUUGGGUCGGCAUUCGGUGACCGGGCAAACCCAAACAGUGCGUCGUCGUCCUCUUCGAGCCAGGUCAACGAGAGCGACGUCCCACAGGAAAAGCAGUCCUUUAUGCCGCCGCAUGUCUCCGGAGGCUUGCCAGAUUCCAACUCGCAGUCGGCUUCCUCACUCAGCCAGCCUUCAGGGUCGGGUUUCCAAAGCUGGCAAGAGCAAUCACGUUCCGCACACCUGGUACUCGUUGUACUUCCUACUUCUAAUUAAAUUCAUCAUGUUGACGACAUAUUGAGCCCACGACAUGUUGGAUCACACUUCUUUGAUUUUAAUACCGUAAUAUUGCUUGCCGUGAUGCUUAUUGUGAUUCUUUUCAUCUGUUGGGGAAUCUCUGCCUGUUUCCAUUUACUUUUAGGCGUGUGAUUGUGAAAAUUAGGUUGUAAAUAGUUUUAGUACCUGGUGACCAAACAUACAUCUCCGCAUCGAGUAUCUAAUUAUAUAAGCUGAAGCUUAUGUUGUAGGUUACCUCUACUUUUACAGGCACGACCUGUUGGGCCGGCGUCUGAAGGCGAAGCGGCCGAUCAGUUACUUGAUGAGGGGGACGAAUCCGAUUUCCAUGAUAGAAUUAUCUCGUUACAAGAGCGUGGGGACAAGACCGCGGAUAGGGUAGUGAAGACGAAUCUGGGAGCUGGUGUAGAACAAACUAGGAGUGAAGGGGAUGAAGGAAGCGAGAACAUUGAUUCAGAUGCCGCAGCCGAAAAGACCCGAGCCGAGAUGGAACUGAUGGUAAAACCGAAGACGCCUAGCAUGCACUUAGCGGUGGGACCUUUGGGGCAAGUGGAGCCUCAAUACUACGGCGGGUUCGUCACUCUGCGUUUCCGCGGAUCGCCCUUGCUGGCGCUGUACACGCGCAUGUUUGAAUACUUCUGGAUGCGAGCGCGGGGUUCCUUCAGCAGGUUGCUGGAACCAUCAAGCAAGGAGCCGGCUGUGGAGCAGCAUGAAAAUAUAGAACACAGAAAGUCGCAUGCAACAGUGCUACAUGAGAACGAGCCAGUGGUUGACCUGAGGAAGUCUAUGACGAGAAACAGCUACACCGAAGAUGCACGACUCGAGGACGAGGACGCGCUACGUCCGGCAGCGCCACUGCGCGGAAGUUCAGUCGUAAUGCACGGCAGCAGGAGCAGUGCUGUAGCCGAUAUGAAGUUGAGCUCUGAAGAACUUUCGAGGGCUGAGGUGCAGCAUCCUGUGCGAGGAAGAUCAAUGUCUGUGAUGGGAGAGCGCGUUCCGUCAAACUCAGGCAGUUUGCCAGGACGAGCUUCACUCACUUCGUUUUCCGGGAGGCUCGGCGGGAAUCAACCGAACCCCAAGAACAGAGUUGAAGGCGAGGGUGAGGCGGAUGCGCCGGAAAUUUGUGUCAUUUCCUACGACGACGAUGACGAUGAAUUGUCGGGGAACGAUUCACGUUCAAAGCGGGAUCGAGAAGAAAUGACUUCUGUCGCUAUGGAUGGUGAAGACUACGAAAUACAAUUGAGUAAGUAUAAGAGAAGAUUAGUUCUACGGAAUCGAAUCACAUUACAGUACCGUUGAUGCAGAUUGACAUUGAUUGUAAGAUCUAAUUAAGUAUGUAAAUCUUGACGAGGGUUACUGAAGACCAUUUGAGAUGCAUUGAUGAUGAAACCACGUACUAAAGGUAGAUCGUAAUUCGUAAAGUGUGAGUGUAAUACUAUCAAUCUUCUUUAAGAAGAGCUGCGGCGAAAGGAAACCGCUCUUGGCACAUGAGGGUGGAGGUGAUCCGGGAUCGCCUGGGAAAACGGAAACCGCGGGAAAGCAACCGAGGUGGAAGCGCUAUCUCAGAGCAUUUGGCGGAGGUCUCGAGACAUUCUUCACGUAUGUGGUGAUAUUUAUUGCGGUUGGAGUCCUAUACAUCGCAGUAGGAUGGUACAUUUACGGUCUCUACGCGCAGCUCGUUUUCUACAAUGACUGCCCGUGUCGCGCGGCAACCAAUCAAGCAGCUCUGUACUUCUAGUGCCACUUUGGUUUUUUCUUGUUUUUUUACACUGACAUGAUGCGAAAUUGUGGUGCAUGGCGGGUGGUCUGUUUGUCUUUUUUUCGUUCAAGAUCACAUCGUAGAAGGAAGUGAGCUCCUGUUGAGUUGGAUCUAUCACAAUCACUAUGAAUGUGGAUUUGAGAUAUUUUUUGAAAAAACUUUUUGAUGUGAACACUACAUUUUUGCCACUUCGCAAUUCUCCUAGGUGGGCCCGGAUUUAUUGCACGCUGGCUGCUUUUUAUGUCUUUUUCGGUCGAUUUGUCAUAUCAUGGCGCUUGCGUCACCUAGAACGCUCAGAAAAGGUUCACAAAGCCCGCUUGAUUCUGUUAAGACUCGUGCUACUAUUCAGUAAUACUAUAAUAAUCUAUGAAUCUUUGAACAAAGUUGACUUACUCUUGCUCAUAUUACAUUUAUUCAAUUUCAUCUGAGUUGGAUCUAGUACAUUAGAGACUAGAAACGAGUACUUCAGGUUCAGGGUUGGUUCGUCUUCGUUCUAAUAAAUCAGGAACAGCGUCUCAAGGGCAAGGGGAGGGACCGGACUGUUUCGCUGGACGAAAGUUCUGUGGACGAGGCGGCUCAUCAUGGAGGAAAUCAGGCGUCAACACUGGCACCGCUCAGGCGGGAAUCGAGUUCCAUUUCGAGGUCUUCCGAUAGAAGCGUGGUAAGUGGACAUCAGAGGACAUCUGCGAGUGUGGUUUUACACUAUUCGGACCCACCUGACGGACAUGAAGCGCAUCACGCAGCUAGGACUCGUCGCUCUGAACCGGCCGCAUUUGUGACCAGCGAAGGGAUUUUACAUCGGGGCUCGCUACAGCUGAACGACAGACCUCAUCAGGCGGCUGAACAUACAGCACGUCACCGAGCCCCGCUACCAGCAAGACCUUCAGGACCAAUUGCUCCAUUGUUCGAAUCUCGAAGGCCCUCUGCUGCUCAUGUCGCGGCUAACCAGGAGGACAGAGCGGUAGUGCCUCAAAGCUCCAGCGACGACGGGUCCGUAGUGACGCUGUCCCAUCCAUAUCCCCCAGACAGUAAAAACGCUAAUUACGGCUAACGCUAAAUAAAAAUAAAGGGUCUUCUUGCUUGUCAAACAAGAUGAAGACAAACGCCACACUUCUUUCUUGGGCCUUCUGUCAAUAAGAGUUCUAAUGUGAGCUUGCUGCGGCGAUUGAAAUGGUGCCAGAAGAAGUGAUUGACGGAGACCACUUGCGAGCAGAGUUCCGGAGACGAACCGGGGGUGAGAACGAGUUUUGGGCGAGGGACAUGUGGCUGUUUCUCGUCUACUUUAUGGCGGAAGAGAAAGUUGGUUCUGGUAUAAUGUUUCUAAGUACUUAGUUGAAUCUACAUGAGCAUGUGGUAGAAGUCCAACUUAGUAUCAUAGGCGAAAAUCAAGCGGUACCCAUGGUUAAAUUGCCAGUUUUGAGACGUCGUUGGGCAACGAAGUUGUUGUCAAUAUGUUCCAGCCCAUACUAAUCUGUACGAUUUUUCGAUGCGGGGAACCUACAAAAUCGAAUCCCUCUGGAACGCCUCGGUGUUUCUCGUUUUAUGGAAGGUGAAACUUGAGUUCCAGAUCCCUCUAUUUGCAAUGUUAGUUGAAUCAGUAUUUUCCGUGCUUGAUGUUCACGCUUUUUAAUUUGAGGAGAAGCACUUGUAAUACAGCACUGUAGUGCCAAGUAAUACAAAACUUUCUGCUUCGUGAGAUUGUUGUCUAAAUCUUGGCGUGUUCUGUCUCGUCAUGUAUAUGCAUACGACUGAAACGGAAGGCCACGAGUACCUCGCCUCUCUGCGGUUCGUGGAUCGCUACUUUCCCAACUUCACCUUACGAUUGCGCUAUGUUAGAAGAUAAGGAGUAUCUUGUAUCAUACUAAUUUACAGGUUUAGAGGAGAAUCUACGAACAGUGUUUGAACAUCAAGGCAGUCUCUGCAGUUUAUUCCCUAAGUUAGAAGUCAGCUAGCGAAGACGAACUGCGUAGAUAAAAGUCGUGAUCCUGUAGCCUUCAUGCAAACAAGAGCAGGAAAUAUCAUGCACAGAAUUUUUAGUCAGGUGAUAAGUAGUGCGCAUUCUGUAGUAGUUUUCAUCUGUGCCAUCCACGGAUACGCCAGUGCUUCCUGUUGGGCAGACCCUUCUGAACUGGUGGCUCUGGGUUCACGGACUCUUUUUCGUCGGACUAGUGUUUGUCGCUCUCACUCUGCCACUGUGGUAUGCCAUUCUCUACCACGUUCGUGGCACCUACAAGAUAGUCGAGGUACCGACAAAGGAGGCCCCAGAGAGAAUGCCGCAACUCACUGAUCUCCUAGCAGAGGUAAAAGCUACUUGUGAGUUGACAUGAUUUUUUUAUGGUUCUAGCAGGGAUGAUAGAAAAUAAUGGUUUUGCAUGUAGUCCUUCAUUCAAGUUGAUGUCUCCGUCUGCGAUUUAUGAACCCUGCACCCCAACUCCUCAGAUGGAAGCAGAAAAGAUAAUGGAAGGGAAGCAGCUUUUCGACUCUCAGCCUUGCAGCGAUCGAUGGGGAUAGACCCCGAAUGAAUUGGGAAUCUGAAUAUUGAUGGUGUUUAAAUGAUGAGUUAAACAAGCUUACGCACUGAUGAUAAUGACUGCAGCUACUUUUACUUCUAUUUUUUUCUAGCUCCUAGAUAUACGGAUAUAUUUAAGAAAGAAGAACAUGAGUCGAUUGCAACAUGUACUUGUGGAGAUGUUAUGCUACACGAUCAAGAAGAAGAUCUUUUUGAAAAUGCAGCCAUUGCUGAUUGCGGAUUGUCAAACAAUCAUGAACAUGAACCGCAGUAGUAGAACUACGAGUUUCACAACAUGCACAGAAUAGUAAAUGUUAUUUCUGGGACGUCGACGACACAACAUUGAAGCUGAAAUCAGGGUAUGCAUCUACAUUGUAAGAGUAAACUGUAACUAACUAAGAAAAUGGACGCCAUAAGCAUGGUGUAUAGAUCAAAAAGGCCAACCUACACGUAUUAUUUGAGAACAUAGCCAAAAAAAGCGUUUUCUCGUUUGACCGUUGCAGGUCACAGAAAUAUUAUUCGAUUCAUUCGUGAAAAAAAUAUCUUCAAGCACAGAAAACAAGAAUCAAGCAGAGAGACUUAGUCUUUUUCAACUUUUAUUAUUUGAAAUUUACUAAAUGCAGCUAUGAGGUGGAAGAAUGAGGUUGAGGGCCAUCAACAUAGUCCCUGUAUCAUCAUGAUUCCGCUCUAUAUUAAUUUCAUCGUGGUCGCUGAUUCGUACCGUAGUUUGCAUCGAGUGAAUGUGAAGCACUUGGAAUGAAUAGGUUAAUUGUUGUCAUAAACUAGCUUAUAUGCACAUACUAAUGCUCUGGAACGAUGCUGUUGUCGUGAUAUUUGCGUAGCAUCUUUAAGAAAUAUAUGAAAAAUCGGGACACUCCCGUGGCAUUCAUCUGUAUAGAAGUUACGAAUUUCGUUAGCGAAGAUGAACAUGAAUACCUUUGCUUCCGCUCGAGUAUGCAGGUAAAACUGUGGACGGCGGACUGAAUCCUAAUCCUAAUCCUUGCUUCAACGAGAACGCCAGGCAUAUUUUCCUAGCAAUAUUUGCUCAGAUUUGUCACUGCGAAGAUUCACUCGUGAGCACGUGUUGCGUGCAAGGAGU